AUGACUAUAGAGAAGAAGCCGUUAUGGGUUCUUGGGUAUGGCUCCUUGAUCUUUAAACCUCCGCCUCAUGCUAGAUUUGUCAUCCCAGGUAUCAUCCAUGGUUAUGUUCGAAGAUUUUGGCAGUCAUCAUCAGAUCACAGAGGCACACCAGAGAAGAAAGGACGCGUUGUGACGCUGGUACCGUACUCAGAUAUUAUUUCGAAAGAUGAGUUUAUCAAAGAUGUUGAAGAGCAUGAUGGGUUGACUCCUGGUUUUACGAAGGAUGAUUUGAAAGUUUGGGCUUGUGCUUAUUACAUUCCACCUGAAUUUGCUGAUGAAGUCACUGAGUAUCUGAAUGUUAGGGAACAAGAUGGCUAUACUAUUCAUAAUAUACCAUUCCAAUUGCAUAAUGAUCCAAAGAUUCACAAAGAAGAAGAGCUUAAUAAAGCUAUAGAAGAUUUGCCCUUAGAUCCAUCAUCUGGAAAACAUAUUUUGACGAGUGUUGUCUACAUAGGCACUGUGGAGAAUGAAAGUUUUAUUGGACCUGAAGACAUUGAAAAGACAGCUGCUAUAAUCAGUGAAACUAGUGGUCCAAGCGGUGAGAAUUGGGAAUACCUGGAAAAAUUGUAUCAUUCUUUGAAAGAUUUGGAUAAAACAGGAAAGGAUCUUUACCUGGAAAGAUUGGUGAACAAAGUUCUAGAAAUCAAACAAAGGAAUUUGUUGCAUGGUUGA